ACCUUCGAAAUAAAAGUCCCUUUGAGUUAAUGACCCCUGCAUUCUCGUGAUCUUGAUAGGCCCUUUACAAAGGCGGGCAAUGCAUGUGAAACAAUGUAGAAAUUCACUACAUUAACUCAAAUAUGUAUAACCAACUCUUCUUUCUUGUCAAAACAAUUGAAACAAAAUAGCGGCCAAGAAAAAUAAUGGAGAUGAAAGAAACCCCAAGAAGAUCUCAAACUGGAUUAACACAUUUUGUGGAUAUCCACGAGGUACCCGAGGAAGACGAGGAGGAUGAGGAGGAAGAAGACGAAGACGAACGCAAAGGAAAGAAGGCGGCUGAUGAGAAAGAAAAACGAGUUCACAAGGCUAUCAACCUCCAAGAAGUGAAGAGAAAGAAGCAUAGCUUUAGCCGGCAGGUUUCGCUGGAAACCGGAUUUUCUGCGCUGAAUGGAAAGAAGACGGAGUCGAAGGCGGCGUUGCCUCGAAGUGGGAACAGCUUCGGAGGGUUCGGGUCCGCUUAUAGAAGCGGCGGCGCAGAAGAAAGGAAAGGCGAUUUCAGCAUAUUCAGGACCAAAUCCAGCCUUGUGAGGCAGAAUUCCAAACUCCCUCUGAGAAAGGAGAGUGGGAAUAUUGAUUCUCAAUAUAAUGAUGCUCCUUCUGGGGUUGAUGACUCCAUCAACAAAAGUGACCUUCCAGCUGGGAGAUACUUUGCUGCCCUCACAGGACCAGAACUCGAUCAAGUCAAGGAUUCGGAGGAUAUACUUCUACCAAAGGACAAGAAAUGGCCAUUCCUCCUCCGCUUCCCGAUCGGGUGUUUCGGCAUAUGCCUGGGCCUGAGCAGCCAGGCCAUCCUGUGGCGGGCGCUCGCGUCGAGCCCCGCCACCCGAUUCCUCCGCAUACCACCCGUAAUCAACCUCGCAAUCUGGCUGCUGGCCCUAACCGUGCUGGUGGCCGUCUCCAUCACCUACGCGCUCAAAUGUGUCUUCUACUUCGAAGCCGUGAAGCGGGAGUACUUCCACCCGGUGAGGGUGAACUUCUUCUUCGCCCCCUCCGUGGUGUGCAUGUUCCUGGCCAUCGGAGUGCCGCCGUGCAUCGCCCCGGGGAACCUCCACCCGGCCGUGUGGUGCGUGUUCAUGGCGCCCAUCGUGUUCCUCGACCUCAAGGUGUACGGGCAGUGGCUCUCCGGCGGGAAGAGGCGGCUCUGCAAGGUGGCGAACCCGUCGUCGCAUCUGUCGGUGGUGGGGAACUUCGUGGGGGCGAUUCUGGCGGCGAAGGUGGGGUGGAUGGAGGUGGGGAAGUUCCUGUGGGCGAUCGGGUUCGCGCAUUAUCUGGUGGUGUUCGUGACCUUGUAUCAGAGGCUUCCGACGAGUGAGGCGCUGCCCAAGGAAUUGCAUCCGGUUUACUCAAUGUUCAUCGCCACGCCGGCAGCUGCGAGCAUUGCUUGGGGGGCUAUUUAUGGUGAAUUUGAUGGAUUGGCGAGGACUUGCUUCUUCAUUGCCUUGUUUCUCUAUUGCUCCUUGAUAGUGCGCAUCAACUUCUUCUGGGGAUUCAGGUUUUCAGUAGCUUGGUGGUCUUACACAUUUCCGAUGACAACGGCUUCAAUAGCCACGAUCAAAUAUGCAGAGCAAGUCCCCUGCGUAAUAAGCAAAGGCUUGGCUUUGUCCUUGUCUUUUAUGUCUUCAACAAUGGUUUGCGUGCUGUUCGUAUCCACACUUCUCCAUGCCUUUGUGUGGCAAACGUUGUUCCCCAACGACCUCGCCAUCGCCAUAACCAAGAGAAGACAAGGAGGCAAGGAGAAGAAACCCACCAAGAAGGCCUACGACAUACGCCGUUGGGCAAAGCAGUCGCCAUUGUCGCUGGUUUCGACCAUAAGAAACCAAAAUACCGCAGACAAGGAAGCUGAUGAUGGUAGUCACAAAUAAGGAUAAAAAGUAUACAGUAUAUUUGUUUUUGGUUUUUUAUUCAUAAUGCAUUAAUUCGAUCAAGAAAUGAUGGAACAGGGAGGAACGAGACAUCAGUCUUUGCAACUUAUAGUUACAAUCGGAUUUGAAAUUGUCAAUCGAUGUAUGUAUGUUUCAUAUUUUAAUUAAUUAAACUACAUCUUGUUCUUGUA